CAUUACCCUUUACGCACAGCCCCCGCCACACAUUGUUAUUGUCCUUUAUUUCUCCUUGUAUUAUUCUCUCCUCUUCCUUUCCUAACUCUCUCUAUACCAUCCUCUUUUUUUUCUUCUUCUUCUUCUUCUUCCAUUGUUUCUUUGUUUGAGCUAGGGGAUCUAAGGCCAGCAAUUCCCUCCUGGUAAUGGCAAAAGAUAUGAAUCUGUCCAUAAAUGGUCAAUCCCAGGUUCCUCCAGGUUUCCGAUUUCAUCCAACAGAAGAGGAACUUCUUCACUACUACCUCAGGAAGAAAGUUGCCGAUGAGAAGAUUGACCUUGAUGUCAUCCGCGAAGUUGAUCUUAAUAAGCUCGAGCCAUGGGAUAUUCAAGAGAUGUGCAAGAUUGGAUCCACCCCACAGAAUGAUUGGUACUUCUUUAGUCACAAAGACAAAAAGUAUCCAACGGGGACUCGAACAAAUCGUGCGACAGCAGCUGGGUUUUGGAAGGCCACAGGCCGAGAUAAGAUCAUCUAUAGCGGCUUUAGAAGAAUCGGACUGAGGAAGACUCUGGUGUUCUACAAGGGACGAGCUCCACAUGGACAAAAAUCAGAUUGGAUCAUGCAUGAGUAUAGGCUUGAUGAAAGCAUCCCCGACACUAGCGUUUCUAAUACAGUAGGAGAUCAGUCAUUGAUGGGCGAAGACGGAUGGGUGGUUUGCCGUGUAUUCAAGAAGAAGAAUUUUCAGAAAGCCCUAGAGAGUCCUAAAGCCUCGCCUAUCUCUAUGGAUUCAAACACCCAGAUAAGAAAUGACGGGGUCCUGGAUCAAAUACUAUUGUACAUGGGAAGGAGUUGCAAGCCGGAAAACGAAUCAUUCAGCAACCUUAAUAUCUCCGACAACAUGAGUGCCAACAACAACAUGAUAUUUCUCACUGCAAAGCACACAAGUAGCAGCAUCGGCGAUCAUCAUCAAGGGCAGCUCCUUGAUAGAUUCAUGCAUCUCCCACGCCUAGAGAGCCCAACCCUUCCUUCUCUUCCCAUCAGUAGCUCACCCUUCGAUCAGGAUCAUCACCAUAGCCUCAAAGCAUGUUAUCAAUCAUUUGAUGAGAUGCUUACAGAAACUGAACCUUCCUUCACCAACCAAACCGGUGGCUGCAGUGACACGGCCCCAGUUGAUCAUGACCCGACGAAAACUAGGCUUAAUGACUGGGUUGCCUUUGAUAGGCUGGUGGCGUCCCAACUUAAUGGCCAAGAAGAGACAGCGAAGCAAUUAUCCUGCUUCACUGACCCCAACAUGGCUUUCUGUCCUCCUCCUGAUGACGACGUACAAUUAGCAGACAUACGUUCAAGUAGGCUAAGUCAAAUCGCGCAUGUCUACAAUAGCGCCAAUGAUAUAUGGAGCUUCACCAAAUCAUCAUCACCAUCGUCGUCAUCGGACCCUCUAUCCCACUUGUCUGUAUAACCUAAGUCUUGAUCGAUCAGAAUAUCAGCAUAAGAUUACAUAGUAUAUUUCAUAAAGUGUAGGUCAUGUAUGUAACAGACAACGAACGUACACAUGUAUUGCAAAGAAUAAUCAGAUAAUAAUAUAUAUAUUUGAGAUGUGAUCCUUAA